AUGGGGAAGGACCAAGUCCUGCGGCAGAAGCGGAGCUACGGCUUUGUAACCAACAUCAAGGAUUAUUGCACCAAUUGCACACUGGCAGGAUUCGCUUACAUCGCCAACUCAAGACUGCACUUCACGGAACGCAUCUUUUGGCUGAUUUGUGUGUUCAUUUCAUCGUUGGGCUGCUACCAACUGAUCAUGGGAUACCAGCGGAGUUUUCCCACACGAGCUGUGAGCAUUGUGUUCGAGAGCCUGCCGCCAUUUUCCAAAUGGAAAUUUCCCGCUGUUAGCGUCUGCGAACUUGCCUACCGUGGAAAUUUGUUCUACAAAUUCGAGGAAUACAUAGAAAGUUUGGGCAAGGAUGUAGCCGGGGAUUACCCAUAUGAUGUUGAGACUGGCAUAUCGAUCCUUUUGUUUCCCGCCUUGUAUAAUGAGAACGGAUUGAAGGGAAAGUGUGGAGUAGUGCACAAGAAUUGCACAGAAGCAUGUGCAAAGUGUCCGUCGGACAACUACCGGCAAAUCUUAACCUGGUAUGGAGCCAACUGCUCGGAUCUUUUUGUGGAGUGCAAACUAUCCCAUAAACCCUUCGACUGCUGCCGGUACUUUAGACCCCUUUUGACUCCAUUUGGCCGCUGCUAUAUGCUCAAUUCGCUGCUGAACAAUGAACCUGGCUCGAAGUACUGGCUGCCCAACGAGCUGGAUCCCGCCAAUCAGAAGGCUGUGAUAAAUGUGAUCACCCAUUUGGAUGUGCAAAUAAGCGUGAUAAAUGCAGAAGAUAUUCCACAUACGGCAUUCUUUCCACCCGGAAUUCCUCUGAUUACCGAAGGCCUGAGCAAGUAUAUGCAAUUUAACCAGAUCGUAAUGAAGAACGAUCCGGAUGUUAAGGACGUUGAUCCGAAGAUUCGCAGCUGCUUUUUCCCAGAGGAGAUACCGCCCAACAGUCUGUACAAGUCCUACAGCUUCAGCGUCUGCAUCACCGAGUGCAUUAGGGGCUUGCAGAUGAAAGCCUGCAACUGUACGUCAUUCCUGUACAAUCCCAAUGCCGAUCCACGGUAUCCGGACUGCAAUCUGGAGGGAUUCUUGUGUCUGGAGAAGACGCGUAUGAUCAAGCCCGACUCCAGGGUGCUGGUGAACAACAACAAGGGCAACAAUGCCAGUUGCGGCUGCCUGCCGUCCUGCAAUGAUGGCGACAUUACUACCAUUUACGAGCCCGCUUUAUUUGUCAGGAAUCAAAACAAGUACUACAACGGCACUCUGGACAUGCCUUUCCUGCCAACGGAUCAGUAUCGCCGGCAGUCCCUUCGCACGCCUCUGGACGUCGUGGUCUCCAUGGGCGGCAUGCUGGGUCUCUUUCUGGGGGCCAGCAUCCUCAGUGCCAUCGAGUUUGUCUACUAUUUCACAGUGCGACCCCUUAGCAACAUGCUGGGGGCUCGCGCCGCUCGUGCGUAAUUGGUCAACUGCCAGCGGCAAGUCGAAAGCCACUGCAAAAAGUUUUCGAGAAAUAGAUGCACUUAUAAAAAAGUUCAAGUUAGCUUAACAGGGGAAUGUUAGCUUCUAUACGUGUAUUCGUUAACCAAAGGGAAGUGUAUUGAAAAAGAAGAACGGAAUCCCGAGUCUCACGAGUUGGCUGCGCCUUGACCUCAGUCACAAGCGGCGUAUGCGCAAUUUAAAAAUUUUAUUAAAUAUUUGCUCGACUCGGUCACUGCAAUGCGCAUUAAAAAUGCAACCAUGGCAUGCCGUCAGGAUGCCAAGGAUAUUCGUACCGAAAAGCGAUGCUGUGCGAGCCAAGUGUGAAACUGAAAAUCAAUGAAACUCACAAUUUGCCCAGUCAGCAAACGCCUCUUGGCGACAACUGCAACCAUUUUACAUUUAUAUACAUACAUGCAUAUGUAUAUAUACGAUCGCCUCAGAUUUUGGCCACCUUUCAAGCCUGUUAAGUUCCUCAU